AUGAAUCAAGCUACCACAGCAGCAAUAUGGUACCAGGGGAUGUUGUCAAUCUACUUUUUAUUGACGACUCGAUAUGGUAUGAAAAAUGCUACAAUCGCCAAGCGCAUUGAACCAUUGAUGCAUAUUGUGGCACUUGGAUAUCCAAUUGGCACUGCCAUCGUUGGCGCUGGCAUGGGCAUCUAUGGGGAGAGAGCUGGGGCAGCAUCGUGUUAUGUACGCAGCUACGAUAAAUCGAGUGCAUCCGAUCAAGACGAAAAGAGCACAACUGAUGCAGUGAUGUAUAUGUUCUUUGCGAUACCUGUAUUGACCGUGUUCAUUUGCCUGGUAUUCAACAACAUUUCCAUUUAUUUGUUCGUGAGACACUAUACUCGAAAGUGUUCAUCUAAAGAAGGAAAGGAUCCCGCUCCAGCCAAUACCAAUGUAUCAUUUGGCUGGAGCGAACGAAGCGCGUUACCGAUGCAGUCAUCUCAAGGGUCUUCCAGGAACGCAAGUACCACAAAUCAACCAACCACCCGCCAACACCGCAGGAACAAUGACAAGAGGUCAACGAGGAAGUUAGCAAGUCAGUCGCAACGACUGCAGCUGGUUUGUUCCCAGGCAUUUCUCUUUGUGUUGGCCUUCGUGUUGUGUCAUACUUGGAAUGUGGCGAUGGAAAUUUUGCAGGGAAGCGUUCAGAACCGGGCAGAUGAAACGGAGAUGAUGAUGAAGUACUAUCCUCUAGCAGUGGUGCAAGCAACCCUACUCCCGCUGCAGGGCCUCUUCAACAUGAUCAUAUUUUUGCGUCCCAAAUACUUGAUGCUGCGACUUGAGUUCCCCAUUGAAGGGAGACUGUGGACAGCACAACGAAUAUUUCUUGGCAAUCAACUUCGACCCGCUGGUGCCAGUGGUAGAAGGGUCGGUCGUGCUCCUGUUGAUAAUGUUGUCAAUCGACGGUGUGAAGCCGAAUCAGAUACAGAUGCAGCUACUGGGGACAUGGAGGGUUCCGGAUUAGCUCCAUCACGCCUUCCACGCAACAUGAUAUCGUCUUUGACAGCAAGUGGUGGAGAUUUCGAUGGUUCUGCGGCGGAUGGACUACAAGGAGAAGAGCUGCAGAAAAAUGCGCGAACGCAAGGUUUAGGGAGCCAGGGUGCACCCACUGGCCUUGCUUCCGGUCACAAUCGAUUACCAUCGUUGGGAGCCAUCAGUGAGCUGUCAGAAUCUGUGUUUGAUUUGACUCCUUACCAGGCCAAUGGAUCCCACCUUUUUACGAGUUCUGUGACAUUGCCGAUUCUCACAGAACCCUCCGAGAGUCGUUGGAAAGGUGCAGGAACAACUGCUGCAUCUUGUCUGCAAAGCAGAGGAAGCGACUUAGGUGACACAGAAAAAUCCCACAGGACAGAUUCGAGUUUGAAAAUUCCAAGGCGCAAGCCCGAAAUAUCUGAUCUACCAAUCCAGGCACCAAGGCGACCAUCGGAUAUAUGCAAUGUUUCAGAUUCCCCUAUUCGCAUUCCAAAACGUACAUUUGAUGCACCAAUCGAUUCUCCAACAGGGAGUUGCAGUAGCAGUACUUCGGAUCUUUCACCAGUGAUCAAUUCGAAGAGGGUAACAAUGCCGCAUAUUGGAUCAGCAAGGGGAAAGCUACCAUUUGAUAUGCCUCUGGCUCCACCAGAACGGUUCUUGAGUCUUCCGCCUUCCGAUAUCGAGGACUAG